CGCUGUAUCUUGCACAUAACUCAAAAAAAUAAAACAGAUCGACAGCACUCGUUAUUUCAACGCAUUUAGAAUCAGGCGAAAAAACCAUACAUCAAACCAAAUUAUACGGACAUUGCCGAUCCCAUCUUUGGUUACUAUUUGUGAAAACAAAUAUUCUUACUUGAUGCUUGUUAAUCGUUUUUAAUGGUUUAUUUGGUCAUCAUCACCAUGUCUAUAGGAAUGGCGCAAAACUUUGCUAUAGGAGACAUUGUGAUAAUUUGCAACGAUGUGGAAAUAUUGAAACGAAGUCAGGAAAAGCAAUGCUACACGGAGGAAAUGAACAAGACGCUCGGAGAAAUAGGUUUAGUUCGAAAGGUUAAUUCAAACAGUCUUCUAGUGAGUUUUGGCAUGAAAAGCUGGCAAUUCCAUCCAUCUGCGUUAAGCAAAGUGGUGUUUCCAUCCAAAGAUUCGAAAUAUGAAAUUGCAAAAGUUCGAUCAGUCUUGAAUAAACGCAAUAAGGAUGGUGUGACGGCGUUGCAUAUUGCAGUAUAUGAAGAAUAUGUGGAUGUCGUCAAGCGAUUAUUAGAUCUAGGCUGCGAUGUAAACACACAUGAUGAAGUGAAUGAUUCUGUACUGAUGGAUGCUAUAGGGAGAGGAAACGUCGAUAUAGUUUCACUUUUGCUAGAGAAAGAUGCGGACUAUACACACACAAAUUGUGUGGGAUGGAAUGUGCUUCACGUGGCUGCCUUGUCACCUUCCGUUGACAUGUUCAGAACGCUUUCCGACAAACUUGAUGGCAAGACCAUAAUGAAACUAAACAGCCAAAAAGCGAAAAAUGGUCAUACACCACUACAUCUUGCAAUACGACGUGGUUCAACAGAUGUAGCAGAAUUGCUUAUAAAGAUCCCCGGUACUGAUGUUAAUAGUCAGGAUAUAAAUUUUUUUACACCUCUUCAUUUAGCUGUUAUACAGGAGAAUAUUAAGAUAGUACAGCAGUUGCUACAUCACGGGGCCGAUAAACACAUUCAAGAUAGUUCUUCAAAUAUUCCAAUAGAUUAUGCAGAGAAGAAUGGUAACCGUAAAAUUAGUUCACUUCUCAUGUGAAACAGUGAAUGCACGAGGUAUAAGUCAUAACACUAGGAUCAUGCUAAAAAUCUGCAUUGAUUAUUCAAAUACUUUAAUAAUUUCAUAUGUAAGGAUAAGUAAUCUGUUUGUGUCAUUGGUAGUAAUAGGUAGUGUCAUUGGCCAAUAAUUGUAUUUUUUGUACAGUUGGCUUCUUUUUCUUCGCAAAAUA